AUGCAAAAACAUUGCUGCCAAUCGCACCUGGAAGAAGCGCAAAAGGACCAGCUGCGCCGUGAUGGCUUAAAAACCAGGAAGAUGAGGAAGAGGAGGUCCAUGCUUGGCUGGUUCCCAGUUGGGUUGGGCGAAGGGGCUCAAUCUGAGUUCUUUGUACAGGAAGCAGUCAAGUCAAAUUUUGUAAACAUCGCUAGCCAUACAUCAAUGGGAAACGUGGAGGGCAGGGGCCAUUUCUCCGAGCCUGCUCAAUUCGCCCUUAUCCAUCCGAUCCCUGAAAUUGUCCCUAGCAGCCUACGAGUCCGUAAAAUGGUGCGGUCUUUCACGGUCACUCCUCGUCUGUCUGGAAAGGGGACCAUUAGCGUAGACGGGGGACUAAAGUUGGAAUUCUUCGUCACCUCACAAGCCAACCCGCCAGAAACCCUCUCGCAUAGAGAGAGCCGCGAGCUGUGCAAAACCAUCGAGUUGAUAUACGCGCGAUUGAUUAUUGCAGAGGACAUCAUCAGCGCUCUAGAAGCAGGCCAUUAUUUGGAAGAGGCAUUCGGCGGUCGCAUUUGCAGCUUAAGGGAUAUAAAACGGCGCCUACGACCAUAUCAGCAACAUGACCGACACGAGUCUCGGCCACACCUGCACAAGUGCCCUGCUGCACGAUGUCAGCACCAGUUUGAGACUGCCGAUAACCUGCCACGGCAUAUCCGAUAUACAGCUGAUCUUAGCCACCGCACAACAUCCAACUUGCUGCCCGUCAAGGUAGAAAGCAAAAUCAGCAUUGUUGAAGGGACCGCGGCGGACAAAGUUGACGAGCUUCCCUUUCAUGUCGUAAUGCAGCCAUCGUCGACCGGCUCCGAAAUGUCUGCCUUUGAUUACAGUGUCAAUUCCAUUGCCGAUCCCAGUUCAAUUCACUCUUCAUAUAUCGGCCCCAGCGGAUCCAUCUUCGACUACAGUGUUGAUUCCAUGGCUGAUUUCAGUUCAAUUCACUCCUCGUCUAUUGGCCCCAGCAGACCCAUCUUUGACGACAGUGUCAAUUCCAUUCAGGUGUUUUAUGAGACAUGGUCAGCGGUCGCUCCAUAA